ACAAUGUUCCUUAUGAUAGUAGCCAACACCACGACUUAGAAUGGAUUCAAACAUCAAUAAGAACUAUAGUGGGUCUAUAUGAAUAUUGGUAUACUGUUGCUUUAUUUGGAGCUUGUAUAUACAUAUUAAUGCUAAUUUUUUACAUAUCGGACGUUCCAUCAUAUGCAAGCUCCGAAAGAGCCGUACUAAAAAAUGCAAAAAAAAUUGACAGGAAGGAAAAUAGAUGGCAUUGUGUAUUUGAUAGAAAAUUACAUGAAAUGGGAGCGAUAGAAGAAUUGGCAAUUCGGCAUAAGCAUUCACAAUCUACACCAGUAGAAGCAAGUUCUUUAAUAUCAAAUAAUGCCAAUGAAAUUUAUUUGAACAAAUUGGUGGGAUAUAAUAGAAUCUUUGCAAGAAAUAUUUUAUUCAAUUUUGAAUCAGUUUUCAGAUGUUGUGUUAGGCGAAAAAAUGAUAGAAUGAUUAGAAAAACAGUGGUAUCAAUGGAAGCAGUCAUUACCAUCCAAAAUUUUGAGAAUUAUCACCAAAAAAUUGAACCAUUUGAUGAUGAAACUUUUGGUCAAUUUGGUGGAAAUCAAGUCCUGGAAAAUGACAAAGUUUUAUUAAUAAAUAAUAAUAAUGAAAUUAUUGGAGAUGAAAAUAUUAUAACUUCUGAACAUUGGAAAAAUGAAUUUGUUUAA